CGCCUUCCGGAGCCGCGCGGGCGUUCGUGCACAAGGGCCGCCACUACAAGUUCACGCUCCGGAAGUAGAUGCUGUUGAUGUGCCAUGACGGCGAGUUCGUAGGCGCCCAUUCCAGCAUCCGCGACACCAAGGCGAAGUUGGAGCAGCUCGCAUGGUGGCCGACUCGAACGUGACGUGCACUCAUGGGUAAGUAGUUGUUCUGCGUGUAGGUUGACCUAGCCCCAGCCCGGGCUGACCCCAGAGCAGAGGACAGUGCUUCAUGAUCGCCCGUUUCGUGUCUUAUUCAUCGACGUCGUCGGCCCCAUCUCUCCUUCCUCCGAGGAGAACGAGUGGAUCUUCCAUGCCGAAGGCCCUUUCUCAGGAUGGUGCUGGAUCCGUGCUUCGCCGCGCGAUGGUGCUGAGGAGUGGACGCGUUUCUUGGUCGAGGGCGUCUUUUUUCGACAUGUCCUGCAGUACCCAGGUCUGAUCGUGGUAGUGCCUUCACUAGUGCUUUGGUAAGGUCUGUUAACUAAUACUUUGGGGUAGUACAAGCUUUCGGUUCGUCUUAUCAUCCUCAAAGCCAGGGGUAUUUGGAAGCACGACAUAAACCCAUCAACCACGUUCUCAGUGCAUACUGUAAGGAUCGUCCCCAAGGCUGGUCCAGGUGGAUCAAACUCGCCAAAUGGGCGAUGAGGAGCACGCCUCGCGCAGACCGUGCUGGUUGCUCGCCGUGCGAGCUGGCGACCGGCAUGCGGCCGCAGGGCCCCAUCCAGAAGUUUUUCGAGAAGCGCCGGGGCACUAGGUUCAUGGAUCCUGGAAGCUGCGUGGCGGACCUCCACAAGAGCCUGGAGACCAUCCACAACAAGGUCCGUGAGCACCUGGAGGCGGAGAUCGAUGUCCGGCUGGCGAGGGCAGAGCGCUCCGCCGGACCGAACGUUGCCUUGAAGGUCGGCGACAAGGUCUUCUUACGGAUGCCGCCAGAGAAGCUAGGAGACGAAGGAGUUUCGAGGAGGCUCCGACCACGAGCGCGCCCACAGCUGCUCGAGGUGGACAAGUUCGUCUCUGCCCAGGCGGUCAUCUUGAAGGAUCCUGACACAGCCGUGAGUUAGGCUUCGCGCAGCCGGUAGCUGUUUCGAGGCUCAUCAAGCACGACAUGCACGAGCUAGAGGAGCCCGUGCCCCGCGGCCCCCUGAGGCUGGAACUCCGCCGGGGGUCCGAGUGGGUGCCCGCGAAGGUCGUGCAGCAGAACGCCACAGGAGCCGUGGUGUUGAAGAUGGAGGAUGGGUCAGACCAGCCGCGCAUGGCCACGUGCCGGCUGGAGGACGAAGAGUACCGAUGGCUUGCGUGAGAUCGAGGGGGAUGCCUAUGUGAAUGUAGUGCCACAGUACAUGUAUAAUCGAUAUCACACUUCUGACGGGCGAUAAGGAGGUUACGUAGGGGUGAAGCAUACGAUAGCAUCAGUAUGAUUCCAGUGGUGAUCCGAGUGUUGUGUAGCCAUAGCAUCGGCCACGCGGCCGGGACAGAAGCAACGGUAGGCGACCGUUUAGAUUGCCACGCAGACUUCUUGCAUAGCAACACAGCUCAUGCGAUUCAUUUUCUCCGAAGGCCUCAGGAGGCCUUCUGGUUGUAAGUUGCUGCGCUGUUUGAUUUGCGGACCCCUAACAGUUUGUCCGAAAUCAGUCGGUUCAAAUUUGAGACAUUUUUCCGGUCGGCUUGCUGCCGACGGCGCCGACCGCACCGAAGAAGGGUGCGACAGAGCUGAUUGCACAAAAUCUGUCGGUGCAAGUUUGAGCCCCUUUUCCGGUCGGCCUGCCGCCCGCCCGGGAAUUCAAGGGGAGUGAGUAGCACAGCAAUGAGAGAGCGAAUGGGUCACGCAAAGUCCGUGCCCAUUUUGGCUGAAGACGCACAGGUGUUCGCCGAGAAACGCA